AUGGGACAGCGCGUUUCCCGGACCGAUUUUGAAUGGGUGUACGAUGACCAACCGCAUACCUGGCGAAGGCAGGAAAUGGUUAAAAAGUAUCCCCAGAUCAAGAAGCUGUUCGGACCGGAUCCAACGUUUAAGUACAUCGUGUCCGCCAUGGUGCUUACGCAAAUCGUGAUGCUGUACGUGAUGCAGAACCAAUCGUGGCCCAUGAUUGUGCUGGUGGCAUACUGUUUCGGGGGCGUUAUCAAUCACUCGCUAAUGCUGGCCAACCACGAGAUAUCGCACAAUAUGGCAUUCGGGUACGCACGUCCACUUGCCAACCGGUACUUUGGGAUGUGGUGCAAUCUGCCGAUCGGCGUGCCGAUGUCGGUUUCGUUUAAAAAGUACCACAACCUCCACCAUCGCCACCUAGCAGAUGAUGAUCUCGAUCCGGAUGUGCCCACGCUGCUCGAGGCGAAACUGUUCUGUACCACCUUCGGUAAGUUCAUCUGGGUUUGUCUGCAACCAUUCUUCUACGGCAUUCGGCCACUGUUCGUGAAUCCGUUACCGGUGACGAAGCUGGAAAUCAUCAACACCGCCGUACAGCUCACGUUUAAUGCGCUGGUGAUACUCGUGUUCGGAUGGCGCAUGAUGGCUUACUUGCUGAUCGGCUCAGUAUUGGCCAUGGGAUUGCAUCCGGUGGCAGGACACUUUAUUGCCGAGCAUUACAUGUUUGCGAAAGGGUUUGAAACGUACUCGUACUACGGACCGCUCAACUGGAUCACCUUUAACGUGGGGUACCAUAACGAACAUCAUGACUUUCCAGCCAUCCCUGGCAGCCGUUUGCCGGAGCUUAAGAAGAUCGCACCCGAGUACUACGACACGAUGCCCCAGCACACCUCCUGGGUGCGUGUACUGUACGAUUUUAUCACCGAUCCGGCCGUGGGACCGUAUGCUAGAAUCAAGCGCAAAAGCCUCGACAAGCCGAAAGCGACAGCUACCAAAUCGAUUGGUCUGAUCAAUGAUUCAUGGCAACCUGAAGUAGAGCAGAAGAAAAGAUAAGCCCGUAUCGCCCUGCUCUUGCCUAUCCUAUCGGUGUACGUAAUACGUUCCAAAAGGCGAGUUUUGUAAUAAAAAUUCGACAAAAGAUAAAAACUGGUGAUAGAUAAUGAAGGUGAUAGAAAAGAAACACGCCUGCAAUCGUGAUGAUGUGUGAUCACUUGUACUAUACGGUAUGAAUAUAAUAAUGCGAACACUACCGGAUGUAUCACGGUAGUAUAACGUUCGUGAAAUGUAGAA